AGUGGAGGAGGGAAUGGAGGGAUGAUCACGGGGUCGGUCCAAGUGGUGAGGAGUUUUGUUACAGAGAGACGAGCUCCAGCAAGUUUAGCACUGUGUUGCCAGCUGAGUAUUUCCUGUUUCAGGCACAGUGCAGUGGAGUUUCUGUUGUGUCUUAGAGGCUAGUAUUUUAUCAACUGGAGCACACACACACAGACACAUGCACAGAGCACCCUGCACAGGAAAGCAGACUGCUAUCAUUUUUCAGAGACACAGCUCCACAGAUGUUCUGUAGCUCUUCUACUCUUCAGCAGCCCCUACAGCAGGCCCAUGGACUUCUGACUGGCUCCACGGUCUUCGUCUGUGGAUCUUCUUUUGUGGUUGAAACGCUUUAUGCAGGUCGUUUUACUUUUGCUGCUGUACUGUGAUGGUUCGGUUCUAUGUGGCACCGCAUAGAGCCUCAUGUACAGCCAUGCAGCCCGAGGACCCUGUGCGUCAGGACAUGCAGUUUUAUUAUGUGGGUGACCACACGUGGGCCACCAUGUUGGGUCAGAGUGUGAAGCUGCAGCCGGUGGCCAUUCAGAACCUGUCGGAGCUGGAGCGAGUGCGUCUGCAGGAAGUGGCUCUCUAUCACCUGGAGGAGCGUGACCUGGACUUCAAAAUCAGCAUCCCCAGAGAGACUCGCAAGAGGAGGAAAUCGCUCAGAAGAAAGUUUGAUUCAUUUUCCAAGGAGAAGAAGGAGCGAGAAACAGCCCCCAAGGCAUUUGGGAUCCCUCUGUCCCAGGUGAUCGCCAACGACCGCGCCUAUAAGCAGCGGCAGGACGCUCUGAAGGAGAGCCGCAGGGACUGUCUGGAGCUGGAAGCCAGUGUUAUGCGCUUCAGGGCAGAGAAAUGUCAGCAGAAUGGCAGCACAGCCAUGGCUCCUGGAGCCUCAUCCUCAUCAGUACUGGAGCUCCACAACAAGCCCCUCUCCCCGACAUUCCUGGACAACAGCUCGCGCAGUCACAGACGGGGUGGCAUGUCAGUGGACUCUAUCUCUGACUUGGUGGAGAGUCAGUCCAGGCUGCUGGAGGCUCUGCAGCUCUCUCAUCCUAAUGAGCUGGACAUCAAGAAGACAUCGACAGGCCGGACGCAGGGCAAAUUGAGUCUGAACCCCAUCUACAGACAGGUGCCCCGAGUCAUGGAGCGCUGCUGCCAACACAUCCUCACCUACGGGCUGCAGACGGUGGGGAUUUUCCGAGUGGGUAGCUCCAAAAAGAGAGUGCGCCAACUGCGUGAGGACUUUAACAGUGGGACAGAUGUUUUGCUGGACGAGGAGCACAGUGUUCAUGACGUGGCGGCUCUGCUGAAGGAGUUCCUGAGGGACAUGCCUGAUCCCCUGCUUCCCCGAGAACUCUACUGCGCCUUCCUGCAUGCUAACCAUUUGCGGGGAGCUGAUCAGCUGACGUAUCUGCAGCAGUUGUUGUAUCUGUUGCCUCCAUGUAACUGCGACACACUGUUCAGACUGCUGAGUUUACUGCACACAGUCCAGGAGCACGCUCACGACUCCAGUGGCCCUGACCAGCAGGAGGUACCAGGUAAUAAGAUGACGGCAGCGAACUUGGCUGUGAUCUUUGGGCCAAAUCUUCUGCAGAAGGAGAGAGGAGCAGAUAAGGACCUGAGCCCACAGGCCAUGGGCAUAGAGGACAGCGCUGCCAUCAUCUCCGUCACCCUACUGCUCAUCCAGCACUACAAGCGCCUCUUCACGGUGUCUGCAGAGCUCCAGCAGGAGGUGCUUAUGAGUCUAAUUCAGACUGACCCAGAUGUCAUAGACUACCUACUGCGCAGGAAACUCAGUGGCAGUAGUGUGACGGUGGAGCCGGAUGUUGGGGCCCGCAGGGACACUCAGACAUCUCUAGACUCAGUGGGUCAGUCCAGUGAUGACCUGUCCCCAGUAGAGCCCAUCUCCCCUCUGUUUGGGGACUCGGCCAGUAGAGGCAGUCUGAGCAGUGAGGUUUUCUUUAACGUGCUGCGCCUCAACACCAACAGAAAACGUUCUUCAGAGACUCCAACAAAGUCUAUAGCCCAGAUGCGGCAGUUCCACUCCCAUCACAACCUAAUGAGCCUCACUCAGCCUUCCAGCCACCUCCUGGUCGAUGAACGAGAGGAGCAGGAGCGGGAAGGUGGCUUCAUGGGGCAACCUUGUCCAGGAGAGGGCCAGCGUGACAGUGGCUCCCAGCCCCAGAGCCCUAAAGAGCGGAGUGUGUGGGUGCGGCAGGGCUCCAACGCCUCCUCCACCACCUCAGAAGACAGCAAGCAGCCAAGCAACUUCUGGGACUUUUUCACUGGCAAGGUGUCAGGCUCUGAGACCAUAGUAUGACCUCUAGACCAGCUAGAGUAGUUUGCAUAGCAAGUGUGGACUGUAGAAUUAUUCACCUGCUUCAUAGAGACUGUAAUACUCUCUCUUUAACAAACCCACACCUCACAACAAAAUACUGUGUUGUGGAUAUUGUGUGCUUUCUUGAGAUGUUAGUUAACCCUCCUACUCCUUUUGUUCUGAAGUGCCAUACAGUGCAUGAUCAUAUGUGGCUACAUUACAAACACCAGCAGAGAAUGACUGUAUUGUCCAUUGGACGAAUGGUAAACCCAGAGGAGCCAAGUGAUACGUAACAACCAUAAUCAGUGUUAAGUGUUAAAGGGGAAUUUUACUAACUUUUCAAUAUUUAUGCAUAACUCAUCAUUAAGAUGUAAACAAAGUUGAUUUGGUGUGAAAUGCUCUGUUCUAGAGAAACUCAGAGUUGUUCACAGUGAUGGUGAUAGGAACCAGACGUCUGAAGAAAUUCAACGCUCCUAAAAUCUCCCUCACAGAAACUUAUUGCAUGAAGUGGUUAUGAAUUAGAUGUCUGAGACAUUGUUUUUACAAAAGUUUUGAGAAAGUUUUAACUUAAAACAUAUUUUUAAAAUCCAUUCUUGUGCAGUGGAACAUAUAAGGCUUUACAAGAAAAUCAGUCCCCAAAGAAAACCUUUUCCGAUUUACCACUAUUUUACUAUUAUCAACAUUGCAUAUAAAAACUCAAAAGACAUGCGCAUGUUCACUGGUCAUUGUGAAUAGUAAAAAAAAUGGCUAUAUUUCGGUUGUAGGCAUCAUGAUCAGGUUUCCAUUUGGGUUCUCUACAGUGAACCAUUUCACAUCACACCACUAUCUUUGUUCAUAUCUCAACAAUUGAAUUAUGCAGAAAUGUGGGAAAAUCUGUGGGAUUCCCCUUUCAUAUGAGGAUAUUCUUUUAAAAUGGAAAUUUCUCUCUGAGGUAUUUGAUAUACAUGGGCCAUAAAUCUUGGCCACCAUGAAGAUGCUGUUUAGUGUAAAUAUGUCAUAAGCAGUUACUGUACUCACACAGAGAGCAGCUUUUAUAUACAUGGCUUCAAACAUGCCUUCCCUUCUGUGGGAUUUUUCUUUUUUUAUCACAAAACUGAAAAAAUAAAAGAUUGUUUUGAAAUGACUCCCUUAGAGCUGGUUUCUCUAAGGAGCCUAAAAUUGUUCAUAAAGAGGUGUUUCUCACUAGCCCUUUAUGCUGUAGACUACCUACAGGUUCCCAUCCUCACCACUUGCUGCAAUGAUCUAGAAUUGUGGUUCCCAAUUUCCAGUCCAGGAAACUCCUGUUCCUGCAUGUUUUGCCUGUAUCUUCCCUGCUCCAGGUUGCCUUAAUUGCAUAACCUUUUUAAUUAGUGGCUUAAAAUUAGCUGAUGAGUAAAGUGUGUUAGAUUUGGGAAAACACAAUCAAAACGUGACUCAGAUUGUGAACCUCUGUUCUACAACGUUUGUACAGUUCAGUCGGGAUGCACUGAUAUGGGAAUUGUUGGCUGAUAUUUUUCAUGUAAAUAUCUGCUGAUGGCGAUACAUAAACAUUUAGAGUUGUAUACAAGAAGUUUAAGCUCCCCUGAUCAAAUGACACGUUUUGUUGAUUUUUCAAGUGAAAUAAGUUAAUCCUAUACAGAGAACUCACUUCUGCACACCUCAGUGCAUAAUUACUGUUUAUUUGCUGUAUUUAUUCAUUUAACUGAAAAAUAAACAAACAAAAUGUGUCAAAUGUAAAAGUUACGGCAGAUUUUAAAUGUUAUAUUUUACUAAUAUGUUAAACUCAGCAAAUAAAUAGAAAUUGUGCACUAAAAUUAGAGGGUUGCAAAUGCAGUAAAAUGAAUCAAAUGCAAUUAUUUGAUCACCAUAGCCCACCAUCACCUAAACCCUCUGCUCUUCUAAAGUGCAAUAAAUACAUCACUGAACAUUGUUUUGAAAUAUCAGUCAAAUCUAAACACCUGUCUGAUGAUAUUUUUUAAGCAAUUACCUGCUGAUACCAAUAUGAUUCCAAAAUCAUUGUGCAUCCCUACUGUUUAGUGUUUGUUGCUUAAUAGAACAGCCCUACACUGUUAAAAAAGAUGGUUCUUCAAGGGUUCUUAAGUAAACAAAAUGGUUCUAUAUAGAGCA